AUUCAAGCUCAGAAAACACAGAAACACGCAACAUUUACAUGUAGCCUUCAUCACAGCGGUGAACAGCAUGUGAUGAAUGAUGCCAUCUCUGAAAAGGCAACAGAAGGUGUCUGCAUGUGUGACUGCUUCUUUGUUGUUUUUAGAAGGACUGCUUGUAGCUUUUGUCAUAUAUAUGUGUCUCAGUUGGAGGGACACUGUUGGAGAGAGUUCUCGACAUCUGACCUCUGACCUCGAUGACGACAAGUUUGCUGGCUGCAGAACCGAAGUCGAGGUUCUGAAUGAUGAGGCCAUGGAACAGAAAUGGCACACCUGCAGUGCAAAUUUCAGCAAAGCCUGGAGCAAAGCAGAGCAAAACCUGAAAGAACCAGCAGAAAAGUACAUGGAGAAAAGCCAUUCUCUGGCUUUAUACAUGUUCACUGAUGUGGUGCUGAAACAGGGGAACAAGAACUCUGAACCUGCAGAAAGAACUCCGAAGCAAAGGGCCGCUUUCGAACCCAUCUCCCUUUAUUCCUCUCUAAGUGAGGCGAUUCUAAUUUUAAAACAAAAUCAGGUGAUGUGUUUGAGUACAAACUACAGAACCGAAACCGUUUUGGAGCUCAACAUCUCCACUGGCCAGGUUCGGUUCAGCACCUUCAUUUUAGGCUCUGAUGAGUGGGAUUUUAAUGGAAAUGUUUCAUGUUUUGAGAUAUACUCUUGCUUUGGAGCAAACAUAACUAAAUACUCCGUCCUUAAAGGGAAUAAUCAAGUGGUGAUUCCUCCGUAUGAAGUUUUUACAGUCACUGACAUCCAGAAACAAACCAGUUCAUGUGAAAUCACUUAUAAACUCACAAGUAAUUUGAACUGUGUUUAUGACAAAGAGCGCAACCAGUUGCAGUCCAUAUCUGCAUUACCUGUGGAGGGAUUUUGGCUCAUUUUCACCAUAAUUUAUUUUGUCCUUCUGUCGCUUUUACUGCUCUGUGUUAUUGUGAAGCUUUAUCGUAGAAUCAGAUCAGCUGGCAGAGUUUCAAAUUCGCACAGCACUAUCCAAUCCCAUUACAGCCUGUAAUGUUGCUAGUACACAAUACCGUUACAUAUAAAUAAAAAGAGAAACUAGAAACAAUGUUUACCUCAUGUUAUUAUUUCUUUUUGUAAGUCAAGUGAUGCAGCAUUUCCCUUACCGUCACCCCCAGCUCACAGUUUAACUGCCAUGUCAUUAAUUUUAUUAACCAAUCUAAAUGCACCCUGAUCAUUUUGGGAGUUAUUUCUGUUCCUACGUGGAACGUGGCCCAUUUUUAAAAUUUGACAUCUGUUUGGGAAAUUAACAGUAAAGCUGCUAAAAUAUGUCCACACUUCAACUUUCACUCUAUAUGAACAAAAGUAUUCACAUUAAUUAAUACAUCAAGUUUCACAGUUUCCUCCCUGGCAAAUGUUUGGCUACCAGUGUGCAUCGUCACUCGAUGCAUUCAGGUGUCACUUGGAGUUCAAAGAACUCGUUUCCUCUCUGCACCACCAUGUUGAUGGCGUCGCUGCUCCUGACCGCCUUGUAGAUCUCCUCAGGGGUUUUUCACCGUGACCUUUGAUCUCCAACACGAUGUCUCCCAGCAGCUGAAAUAAAUGCAGCAGAAAAACCUUUAUUUACUAUAAUAAACUUUUAUUGAUUACACACAACUUUAACUUGGUUUCAUUACAUAGAAAACAUUUAGAGGAUUUUCCUCACACUCUGAGGAAGAAGUAAAGCCUCAUAUUUUUAGUUCUGGGUUGAUUUAUUCAAACUUUUUGUACAGUGUUAAAGAUUUCUGAUCUACGACACUAAAAAAAAUAAAAUUAUGACAAUAAAGUCACACAAGAAGUUGAAAUAAUAAAGAAUAAAGUAGUAUAAGAAUAAAGUCAUAAUAUGACUUUUUUCUGAUAAUAUGGCUUAUUUUUUUCUUAGUAUGACGCUAAUACUCUGUAUUGGUCACACUUUUUUCUCUAAUUUAAAAAUUAAUCUGAAUCAAUACCAACUCCUGUUAAAUGAGAAUAUAAGCAUACAAAAUAUGUUCAUCACAUUUUAAGCACAAAAUUGGCCUGUUUUAGGGUCUCUGUCACUUUAAAUCCAAAUAAGCUGCUGCUGGCCACGCCCCCAACUCAACGUUAACACUCGCGCCAAAAUGGCUGCCACCAGGUGCGCAGUUAGACAACCGUACAUCUUCGACCCUAAAUCAGACCCAAAAGCAUAGUAAGUGGAGCCUCCUGCACAGCUAACAAGAACGCAGCUAGUGGUUUCUAAAUUGUAAGUCAACAACAAAACACUUUACAGCACACAUAGUGGGAAAAGUGUUAUAGCUGGAUUCGAUUUAGAGCCAAAAUUGCAAAAUCUUUUACAUUUUCAGCCGUGUUGUUCACUUUAACACUGCACUGUGUCAAACAAACUAAAGAGCAGACGAGUAAUUCAAGUGUAGAAAUAUUGCUUACAACAUAUUGUGACUAUAUUAUGUAGAAAUAUUUAAUACAUAGGCUCUAGUAGAGAUUAAAAUGGUACAAACCGUGUAAAAUAUGCAGCCUUCAUUAGAAGUAAUAACUAGAACAGGCCCAAUAAGUAAUGUGAGGUUGACCAUUACUUGCUUUAGAUCAGUCUUUCUCUAACAGCAAAUACUGAAGGCUGUUGAACAUGUCUUCACUGCAGACAGCCGCUGCAGUGAAGACAUGUUCAGAAGGGGCUUCAUUUACCUGUAUGAGAAGGAAAGGAAGAAGACAAAGACCGGGCAAACGGAUCCAAUGCGACGGUUCCUCCAGCCCCUCCUCUCGAAAGCGAUUAAGGUAUUUUUGGAGAGGAGCUAGAAAUUUCUAAUUUGGUUGAGAAAAAUAUCCCUGAUGAAAAAAUAACCGAUCAUUUUGAGGCUGGAGAAGUUUCAGUAACUGGGACACAACAUGUGUUGAUGAGUUCAGUUACUAAAACAUUCAUGACAAGAGACACAAAAUCUUCUGGGAUCAAAGGGUAAAAAGAUUAGACAGGUUUCCUGUUUGCAGGUUUCUCUCCGGGCGCUCCGGCUUCCUGCCACAGUCUAAAAUCAUGACUGUUUGGUUAAUUGGCCUCUAAAUUCUCCUUAGAUGUGAGUAAAACAUUCAUUUUGUGAAUAAAACGGUUGGACAGUGGCUCAGUUGGGAGCACUGUUGCCUUGCAGCAACAAAGUCCUGGGUUUGAAUCCCCUCUCUCAUAACCCACU